AUGGCAUCGCUUACUAAGCAGAAAGAAAAUGAAAUAGCGGUGGUAUACAAAGAGAAGAAUGGUAGUCAGAAAAUAUGGCAUACACUACUUUGUCCUUAUGAAUCUGCUCCUUGGUCAAUAUUAUAUACAGAUAUGAAUCAAAAAAAGAUCGCAGAUUUGGGUUGGAGAACAAUUGAAUACAGAAAUCAAAACGGAGGGAUGUCAAUAUUUUCUGGUUCUGGCAGUAAUCCACCAAAGGAAAUGCUGGAUUUGCUAAGUUCAUAUGACGACUUUGCCGUUGAUCAUCACACGAUCAAUUCGAAGACUCAGAAAGAGAUUCGAAUAUGUACGCUGAAUAACCUAAAUAUACACGAGCAGCUUGGUUUUGGAUUUCACUAUCAUAAACAACAGCGAUUUCAUUAUAUUCUGUUGACUGCUCAUGAUCAUAUUAGUUUGGCUCAAUUGUCUGGUCUACGAAACUUUGACCGUAUCAUAGAAAUGAACGAUAAGAAUGUCGAAGAUAUUGUCGGAUGGGAGCAACUUCAAGAACAGUUCUGCUCUUUGAUGAAUCGAAAUCCUAACGAUCCAAUUAAAUUUACCAUGCUUGAUCCCAACUCUUACAAUAGUUAUAAGCAGUCCAAUAAGACUUUAUCGUCAUUUUUUUCUGAGAGAAUAUUUGUGGAACCAAUUCAAAUGAAUGGUACGUCUUACAGAUGCAUUCACUAUUUGUAA